AUGACCACAACUUAUUGUCCAGAACCAUCUGAAACUUCUGAAACAAGUAUGACUGCUAUUAUUGGACAUGGUUCUAUUAAACCUAUUUAUACUAAUUCAAAGAACCAACAAGAAGAGACCAACUCAUUUUCUGCUGUGUUCAAUGCAACUCCAGUUACUUCUAUUGCUUCUACCACUACUGGCACAGUGUUUACCAACAAUGAAAAUCAACCAACAUCUAGAAACUCCAGAGAAUCUACCACUGUUGUUGUUGGUUCUACAAGGGGUAACAUAGAUAUUACUUCGGAAACUAGUACUGUUGAAUCCAGAAGACCAGAAACAUCUCUAACUACAAAGAUACCGCAAGUUUCCCAAUUCGUUUCUGAGCAAUUCUCCUCAUCGCCAGCCACUAUGACAGCCUCUCAUGCAAGUGCACCUUCUCUUGCAUCAUAUAAGGGUAAGGGUAGCACCAUAUAA